GCAAGAGAGACACCAAACCACCAGAGCCUCUCCAAACAACUUCCAGGAGUCCCAGGACACCAGAUUCAGGAAGCUAGCAUUUAGUUCAGUAGAAUCUCACCAGGAAAACUCAAGAUGUCUUCUGGUGGGUCGUCCCGGAGCAACUCGCCGAGCUCAAAAACGGUGUGGAGCCCGAAGGAGAACAAGAUGUUUGAGGACGCGCUCGCCUACUACGGCCUGAGCAGCCCCAACCUGUGGGACAAGGUGGCCAGCGCCAUGGGGGGCUGCAAGUCCGCUGAGGAGGUGCGCUGCCACUUCCAGGACCUCGAAGACGACGUCAAACUGAUCGAGGCCGGGCGCGUGGGGUACCCCAAGUACAAGACGCAGGGAUUCUGGACCUGAGGAUGAAAUCAGUGUGAAGUCCAGUGGACAGUGAACAAAGGUGUAUAAACUAGAUCUCUCAGAAUGGCCUGAUGUUCUAGGAAGAAGCCAAGUAAUCCAGCAUUGGUUAGAGAAUAACAUGAAGAAAAACAGUACUCGUGUACAAAUUAUUAGGCUAUGUACAAGGUUAAGUCUUUAUGUCGUUGUAGAUUCUCGUCUACAUUCAUGAACUGCAUGUGUUCAUUCUCCCGUCGAACUAGAUCGUCGAGUAAACAAUAAUGUAAAUGUAAUUGUGUUGUUUGUAAGAAGUUGUAUCUGUAGCAUUAUGUUGCCUCCAAUAACUGGUUUAGCUGGCCAUUA